AUGGAGAAGGUCGACAAAGAACGUGCCGGCGUGAUCGUCGGGUCCGGCAUGGGCGGCAUCACGGCCUUCUCCGACGGCGUCGAGAACCUCGUGACCAAGGGGUACAGGAAGAUAUCUCCCUUCUGCAUCCCGCACGCCAUCACCAACACGAGCUCCGCCAUGAUCGCCAUGGACGCGGCCGUCGGCUUCCGGGGCCCUAACUACUCGAUCUCCACGGCAUGUGCCACCUCCAACCACUGCUUCCACAGCGCCGCCGACCAGAUCCGGUUGGGCCGAGCCGACGUCAUGGUCGCCGGUGGCACCGAAGCCGCCAUCAUUACAAUAGGGCUCGGCGGGUUCGUGGCGUGCAGAGCGCUGUCGCAGAGGAACGACGACCCCGGCACGGCGUCGAGGCCGUGGGACAAGGACCGCGAUGGCUUUGUCAUGGGCGAAGGAGCCGGAAUACUGGUCAUGGAAAGCCUCGAGCAUGCAAUGAGACGCGACGCUCCGAUUCUGGCGGAGUACUUGGGAGGCGCCGUAAACAGCAACGCUUACCACAUGACUAAUCCGAGACCAGAUGGCUGCGGCGUGUCGGUGUGCAUCAGGCAGAGCCUUGAAAACGCAGGCGUCGCACCAGAGGAGGUCAAUUACAUAAAUGCUCAUGCAACCUCAACCCCCGCUGGAGAUCUUGCAGAGGUGAAUGCUUUGAAGCAAGUUUUCAAGGACCCAUCUCGGAUUAAACUGAACGCAACCAAGUCAAUGAUAGGGCAUUCCCUAGGUGCAGCGGGCGGUUUGGAGGCCAUCGCUACCAUCAAAGCAAUAACCACCGGAUGGGUGCAUCCUACUAUAAACCAAUUUAACCCAGAGCCGGAAGUUGAUCAAUUUAACACGGUAUCUCCAAUUCAUUUGGAUUCGGAGGACAAAAUUCAGUGGUGGUAUUUGCGCCAUUUAAGUCCUAAUCCGCUGAAGCCGAACAGGAAGGCCCGCCGCUUUCGAUGCGGGCGUCGCGACGAGCAUCGAAAUUCCCGCAACAGAAGUGCCUGCCGCCACAGUCUUAGUCACACCCUCGCAGUAGAAGUGCCCACCAUCGAUGAUGACUCAAUACAUACUCAGCUCGUCCGGGUGCAGAAGGCAGGUGUUGCCUUCAUCAUCUUCCAACUUCCCCAACUUCCCAGGUCCAAGGCUCCCUUGCCUCAACUCAAUGUCGGCAAGCUAUCAAAGGAGUUCACUUUCAGCUCAUCGGUUGUCGUUACUUUAGGUUUCGGCCGUGGCGCGCAGCACAGCAGCAACAUGGGGAGGGAGCAACUGUUGCGUGCAUAUGCAGGAGCAGCAGCAAGCAACCGGCGUGAUGGUUUGUUGGAAAUCGGAGCCUCGAUGGAGCAGUCGGGAAAGGGGAGAAGUCUACAGUGGAGAAACAUGAUUGAAGAAUUGGGACAUGGUGUAGAAAUCAAAUUUCUAUGGAGCGAGAGGCUGGAGACAUAA